ACGCCUGAGCGGAAGCGAUGCUGCCAGCGGAGGGUCACGAACCGGCGACCCAAACUGAAGUGACCUACGCUAAGGUGGUAACAGACACCCUCCAUGGCCGUCGCGUACAUCUUCAACCAUGUCUCUUCUCCGACAUAAACUUUCUGGAUCUCCCAGCCAAGAUGCCAGGUAGAUACAAAGGGUUCCCAGCGGUUUCGUUCUCUGAAAACGAUGUCCAGGUUAUCUCUUCCAACUUCCAAUUUCCUCUUGUUGGGACUUUCCCAAAACGAAGACCACACCUUUCUGCGAUUCGAAAAGCUCUGGAAGCUAUAUUCCGUAGGGCUUCUUCAAUCGAACAAAAUUUUGGUUAAUUUCCUUUCAAACUCCGAUUUUCAGCGAUUUUGGUUAAAGAAAAUCUAGGAUUUUUAUGGGAUUUUUACUGUUUGAGACGAAUCUGAUUUUCCUUUGUUUCUUCGUGUUUUUUGAGUCGGAAAUCUCUCCUCAGUGCAAUUCCGAGCUUAGGUUGUGUAAUAAUAAGAGAAUAUAGUGGAGCUUGACUAUGGGGGCAGGAUCUUGUUAUUGUAUGAGUGAGUUGUGAUGAAUGUAUUAUAAUGGAGCAGAUGAAGAGAAAGAAGCAGAAAUGCAGAUUGUUUGUUAUAGAUGCAAAGCAUGUUACUCAUAUAGUAUGGGAAGAGUAAAAAUUUUUGAUGAUCCAAAAAUUCAAAAGAGUAGCAGGGGCUCAAUCAGCUCCUUUAGGCCCCUCUGCCGUUCCAAGAGAAAGCACAUAGAUUAAAAUAUAUCUCAAGGUAUGCAUUUCCUGCUUUAUUUUUGCCUUAUCAGAAUUAUAGGUCUUAUUUUCCACCAAAAAAUAUUGACUAGAUCCUAAACCUCUGCUUUAGGAACACUAUUUUGAUAGCUAAAAUAAAAUGCAUUUAGUUACACUUACAGUUGCUUAGAUAUAAGGAUAUUCCUAAACCUCUGCUUUAGUUAUGAUAUUCUAGCUUUAUACUUUUACUUUUACAGGUAUGGAGUAUAACUUAUUGUGUUUGAUUAGUGUGCUGAGAAUUGUUGUGCACUAAUAGCUUUUGAGCUUGAAAUCCCAUUUUUUUUACAGGUAUGGAGUAUGGAGUAUAACCUAUUUUGAUGGGAAGCCGUUGAUAAUGCUUGCAGCAACUUGGAAGUGGUUCCAACAUGCCAUCAUGAGUGAGAGUGUCUGAAGCAUGCUUCUUUGUGUGACCUUGAGGUUUCUGAUCCUCAAAAAGUGGGUUGCAAAUGGAUCAAGCCAUACGCUACAGCCUUCGUUAACUGACUACUUUCACUUAAUACUUCCUAAUAAUCUAUCCACUAACAAUGAAAUCAUUUUUUUUCAAGCUGAUGAAUUGCUCAAUUAUUGGUAGAUGGCAGUCAUUCUUACAUGUUCCGCCAGGCAGAUAAGAAAAUCCCCCUAAUUAAUAUUCUUAUCUGAUCUUCUUGACUCAAUUGCACUUUUAUUUACAUUGAACAAAAUAUAUGUAUAACAUGGUAGAGUGGAUGCCCAUUGGAGCUGAAAGUGAACUCUGGUGCUGAUUUUAUGAUACAAUUUAAUUAAGAUGUUAAGUUGUGACAUUCAUUGUUAAAAUUUGUUAUUUGGGAUCUUAAUCUUUAUUUACACUUCUUACAUUAUUACAUGAUGAUGCUUUUUUGUUACAUGUUGCUAAUAACUUCUUUCAUUUUGUAUCCUACAAUUUUUUUUCAUUAGUUUGUAUAUUCUAGGUGUGCACACAGGCUUCAUUGCUUCUUUCAUUUUGCAUCUUACUCAUUAUCAAGAGUGAUUGACAAAGAAGCUUAGGGGGGAUUUGGAAGAGCCAUUGUAGAAGCUAGGUCUGCACACAGGCAUGAUGCAUGGCAGUACUCCGUGAACACUAUCGUGCAACAAUAUCUUUCUCAGCGUAAAUAAUUCUGCCACAGCAUCAAAAUUUCCUUAUUCAUGUAUCCAUCUCCCUAUCAAAACUUGGUUUAUUUAGUGAGUUUUUUCUUCCUUGCCCAAGUUUGCUCACUAAAAUCCAUUUAAUUACUUAGUAGAUAUUACUUAGUAAUAUCUACAGUAGAUACUUUUGAAUCUUAAGGAUUUAACCAAAUUCAGCAGAUUUUUUUCAUGCACAUUUUAUCAAUGAUUUUCUCCAUUUGAUUGCCAAUCCUUAACAUCAUAUUUAGACAACUUAUACUUACAUGUUACAUAGUUUUUAUGCAAAAAUCAGAAGGUUAUGACUGCAGAUUUGUUCUUCCUUGCAUAGAAAUUAUUUUCUUUCAUUCUUUAACAGUUAAGGCAUUCUUUUUGCAUUUAGGAGAUUGUUUCUGGAAAAGAACAUCAGCUUAUUGCUACCAAGUCUUUCAUAAUUUCAUAGCAAUCUUCCUGCUAUCCUGCAUAUUUUAGUUGUUGUUCUAUAUUUCUACAUGUUAUUAAUAGAGAGUAUCUACAUUUGCAGCUGCAUCAUCCUUUUUUCUAUACAAACUAUUUACACUAGCUUUGUGAAUAACAUCUUUGUAAAUUCUCACAGCAAGAAAAAGUUAUAUCUGUAGUUCUCACAUACAGUUAGUUCUUUUUUUUAAUAUUCAAACCUCUCUUUCUGAGUGUCUUAAUGGAACUCGACUGCUCUUACGCCCUACAAAUCUCCACUAGAUACAACUGUGGAUGGCUAUUCUUAGGUCUGUAAUUUUCGGCUACUAUCACAAUGUAUCCCAGAGUUUAAAGAAUAAGUUUACCCUCAUAUAGAAUCAGUUCGAUAGCCUUUUCUACUGUAAGUAUAUAGAUUUCAUAGGAAAACAUCAUUGUACUUCAAGAGGCUGAAAAGGAGAAACCCAAAAUGGAGACCCUGAUGUUAUUGAUUAAUUAGCCAUAUACUAUUGGAGUUUGUAUACUGUUGGAGUUUGGUGUUGGUUCAUUGAUUUGAGGCCAUUUUCGUAGCCUGAUACACAUCCAGAAAACUUUUUUUUAUUAAGCUACUUUGAAAACUUAAUAAUGGUAAGGGUUUAUGGGCUGCUUGGGUUAAAUCUCUUACAGGUAAUGUUGUUUCUGUUGUGUAUAAUUCCUUGGAAUCUGUCCAUAUUACUUUUGAUGUGAAUUGUUGUGUACACGUUAAAAAUGGAUGCAACUCCUUUUGGUAUUCUAACUGGAGUGACUUAUGCCCUAUGUACCAUUUUAAGAAUGAUAUCCCCUAUGCUAUUGAGCAUUUGACCGUUUCUGAAGCUAUGGCUAAUAAUAACAUUAUCCUUCCAGUCCAACUGCCUACCCAGAUAUAUUAUUGACAGGAUCCACGAUAUGAACAUCCAUUUUAGUGAAGAGAACGAUACCCAAAUUCGGAAACCCAACAUGCAAUUUCAGUUUUAAUAGCUCCUAUGAUGUUAUUAGGCCAAAAAUGAGUCCUAUUUCCAAUGCCAAGUUUUUCUGGAAUAAUCGUACCCAAAAAAGAUCAUUUUUCUUAUGGAGGCUCAACAACUGCCUUAUUCCUUUCAAGGACAAACUCAUCAAUUUUGGUAUCCAUGGCCCUUUCAAGUGCCCUUUUUACAACAACAAGAACACUUUAGACCACUCUUUUUGAAUUGUCAUUUUGCAAGAAGCAUUUGGCACCAUUUUGAAAGCUGUUUUAACUUGUGUCCCUCCAUCAAUGGCACCUUUAAUAAUUAUAUUACUAGAUGGUAUCUUGAUUUCAAAAGCACUAUAAAAGAUUUCAAUCAUGUUCUGCCCAAUACCAUUACUUGGCACCUUUGGAAAAUUCGAAACAAAACCAUUUAUGAUAACAAAAAGGCCACCUUCCCUGAGGCGAUAAAUGCUUUAAAGACUGAAAUUUUUGCUAUGUCGAUUGCCAAACCGUUCGCCACAAAUGAGCAUGCUGGCCCUUUCAAUAUUUUCACCGCCCCUACCAAUAAAAAAGACAAGAGACCUGCUAUUACUGUCUAGACCAAACCUCCCUCUAGCUACUGCAAGAUUAACAUAGCUUCCCGCAUUUUAAAACCCGGCCUUGUUCGGUCCGCUGCCAUUGUCAGAAAUAACCAGGGCAACUACAUGGGUCAUGCUACCCAUCUUGCGAACCACGGCCAACCUACUAAUACUUUAUAUGAUGCUAUUGAUUAUAUUAUCCCUCUCCUGUGCGAAAUUAACUGUUGUAAUUUUAUUUUCAAGGUUGAUCAUAAAGAUGUCUAUGAAGGACUCUCAGGGCUAUCACUCCAGCAUUGGCAAUUCUGGCCACGUAUUCAAAGUAUCCGGGCAAAGCUAAAAAAUGUCAACUACAUAGUUACCCAUGUCAACCCGAAGAUCAAUAGUGCGGCAGAAUUCUUAGCCUAUAAAAAGCAUGUCUAUUAAAACCACCACUCAUGAUUUUAAUCAUUUUGUAGGCAUUCUCAAGUUUGAUGCUAUUAGUUUUCCUUAUAUUAUUUGAUCUCUUGUUUUCAAGUAGGCAUCGGUUUGGUCCUCCUACUCUUUGUAAUCCUUUCUUCAUUUAAUAAUUGGCGUGGUGUUCCCUGGCCCUGCCUCAUAACCUUAGGAUUUUGGACUUAAGCCAG